AUGAACCGACGAGCCAAGCUUCCAGAUGUCCGCGGCCUUGGUACUUGGGAUCCAAGCUGUAGGCACACAUACUGUGAAGAAAAAGCAGGCAACCAUACUAACAGGGCCUUGUCCUCCCCCCUGAAAAAGCAAGUGUGUCGCCUCAAGGGCCAAGAAGGUCCCCAUCGGCUUGCGAGCCCGGACAUGUUCGAGAGCAAUGACUAUCUGCGCUUCAGCCUGGAGCAUCCUAGACAGACAGCCUUCGUACGAGUCUUCGUCGAGGAUGACCUAGCCAGCACUGGAACGCCAUUCAAGUUCAACUUUGAGUGUUUCGCGGAAACAGAGAAAGACCAGACAAAUCACUCCACCAACUAA